GCUAGCGAGAGCCACGGGCCAACCACGAGCACGCCGCCCUCGCCUAGUCAUGCCCUUGGCCAUCCCGCCUGAGCGCCUCCACCACUGGCGGGAGCUCCCUCGUACAUGGAUUGUUUGCGAAUGGGCUCCCACCAUCGCAUCCUAAGCGCCCUACUGGUCGUCGCCCUCUCUCGCUCUGCCUCGAGCUUCGACCCGCCCCUCCAGGCGCAAGCGCCGUUGCUCUACGGCAAUGCUUUGGCCGGGUCAGCCCAGCUCCUCCUGGCAGGAGGAACGGCGCCGGCAAGGUCAGAAGGCUUCGCGUGUGGGCGUUGGAAUCGCGUUGGGUCGUCGCCAUGUUAUACAUAUCAGACCUUUCAUCCCAACCCCGCUCAUCUCACGCAAGAGUCAGCAAGCGGGCCCGCGCUCCACCAACAAUCUGAAGAGCCCAGCCUGUUGCCUCUUCUCCUCGAGCCAGGACCCCCCUGGAAGGCCGUCUGGAGUGCCCGUCGCUAGGAACGGAAAGCCGCGGACGAUUCCCCACUGCGGCGACUGACUGCUCUUCCCCACGCUUCGCACCGAGGACCCUUACGGUACGAGCGCAGGGACGCGUGGGCUCCGACGAGUAUAUCAUCCACCGCCGUCCCAGUCUCU